CCAAUCUUUUCUUGUUCAUCAUUUUUGAGAAUUAAUUUGAUGGCAGCUUAUAGUGCUCUAAUUUCUCUUCUUCAAACUCUUGUUGAUCAACAAAAUAUUUCAGAGCUCUUUCAUGAUCACACUGUCCAAACGCUCGAUACUCUUCAUGCUACAGCUGAAUAUUUUCAACAUGUCCUUGAAAAUAUUAGUAGAUUUGACCCUGAAAAGAUCAAAUCUUUGGAGGAAAAAAUAAGAGUUGUUGUUAGUUAUGCGGAAGAUGUUGUUGAGAUGAAAAUUUCUCAAAUUAUCAAUGGCUCAAGCUGGACAUUUGGAAUUUUACAACACCAGGAUUUGCUACCAAUUGUUGAAAAAAUGGAUACAACAAAGAAACAAGUGAUGGACAUUCUUUCUCAUGAUGCUGAUCAACUUCUUAAAAUAUCUGCAGGGGAUUCCUUGACUGGCGCUUCUUCUAUAAGUUAUCCGAUGUUGGAAGAUGAUAUCGGGAAAGGACUUGAUGAUGACUUGGAGAUAAUAAUUAAUAGGUUGAAAGGAUCACCACGGGAUCUUGACAUUGUCACAAUAACAGGCAUGGGUGGCAUUGGCAAAACAACACUCGCUAGAAAAGCUUAUGAUCAUCUAACAAUCAGGUAUCACUUUGACAUUCUUGCUUGGGUUACAAUAUCUCAAGAAUUUCGAUGUAGAAAUGUAUUGUUAGAAGCUUUACAUUGCAUUUCAAGGAAAACAGAUAUUGUGAAUGCAAAAGAUUAUGAUAAGAUGGAUGACAAUGAGUUAGCUGACCUAGUACAGAAAAAGCUAAAGGGUCCAAGAUACCUUGUUAUUGUUGAUGAUAUUUGGAGUAGGGAUGUCUGGGAUAGUAUAAGAGGAAUAUUUCCUAAUUACAACAACGGGAGUAGAAUCUUAUUGACUACUAGGGAAACUGAAGUAGCGAUGUAUGCAAAUACUUGUAGCCCUCAUGAGAUGAGCCUUUUGAGUUUAGAAAACGGUUGGAGGUUACUUUGUGAUAAGGUGUUUGGACCAAAACAUGAUCAUCCUCCUGAAUUGGAAGAAAUUGGUAAGGAAAUAGUAGAAAAAUGCCAAGGACUACCCUUAACAAUUUCAGUGAUUGCAGGACAUCUUUCUAAAAUGCCCAGGACAUUAGAAUGUUGGAAGGAUGUUGCCCGAACCUUAAGUGAAAUUAUUGCUAGUCAUCCAAAUAAAUGCUUAGGAGUGCUCGGUUUGAGUUACCAUCACUUGCCUAAUCACCUCAAACCUUGCUUUCUUUCUAUGAGUAGUUUCCCAGAGGAUUUUCAGGUUGAUACUCGGAGAUUGAUCUACUUAUGGAUCGCAGAAGGUUUCAUAAGGACUUCCGAAAAUGGUAAAAGUUUGGAGGAAGUAGCAGUAGAUUAUUUGGACGACCUUAUUAGCAGGAACUUGAUACAAGCUAGAAAAAGGAGAUUCAAUGGUGGGAUAAAAACAUGUGGAAUACAUGAUCUACUGCAUGAGUUCUGUUUGAUAGAAGCUGAAAUGACGAAGCAUAUGCAUGUUGAGAGAACUUACCCAACUCUUCCAACACAAAAGCAUAAUGUUCAUCGCUUCAGUUUUCAAACCGAAUAUUAUUCAGUUGAUGAUUGUAAUAAGCUAUUACCCCUUGUUGCCAGAUCUAUCUACUUCUUUUCUCAGUUGGAUCUACCUCUUGAACCCUAUAAGAGGUAUCUCAGGUGUUUGCCCAUCCACCGUGGUGGUCGUAUAAUACAUGAAUUUUACUCUCGUUUCAACCUUCUCAGGGUAUUGGUCAUCUUCAAGAAAAAUGAAUACUUCGAGUCAUUUCCACUUGUGAUUACAAAGUUGUUUCAUUUGAGAUAUCUCCAAGUUCGAUUUUAUGGAGACAUUCCUGAAUCAAUCUCAAAGCUUCAAAAAUUGCAAACACUAAUUUGUAGUGGUUUUCCUUACAGUGUAAAUUUACCUGGGAAGAUAUGGAUGAUGAAGAACUUGAGGUAUAUAAGUAUGGACAGGAAAGUCACUUAUUUACCAAGUCCUAGAGGAGAAAGUAUUCUAAAUCUUGAGGAAUUUUCUAUUCUUUGUUACACCAGUUGUACAAAAGAAGUCAUUUCUGGCAUUCCCAAUCUAAAGAGAUUGACCAUUCAUGUACCUUCUUGCAGUAACAACUAUUUGCCCAAUGGACUAAUGGAUAUGUCCAGCUUGAGAAAACUCGAAGCAUUCAAGUGUUAUUGCUUUAUACAUUUUUCGAACAUCAAUAGUUCUGUUAUUCCAACAUUACUUAAGGAUUUUGUUUUUCCAACAUCACUUAAGAGGUUGAGUUUAAACAAUUAUGCUAGUCAUUUUUUUUGGGAAGAAAUAUCAGCAACUGUUAUCAUGUUGCCUAAUCUUGAAGAGCUGAAGCUUAAAGAUUGUCGAGCCAAUGAUGAUGAUGUAUGGAGUUUGACUGAUAAAGACAAAUUCAAAAGCUUGAAGUUGUUGUUACUGACCGACCUAUAUCUUGAUCGUUGGGAAGCUACCAGUGAUAACUUCCCAAAUCUAAAACGCCUUGUUCUGAAGAAGUGCCACUUAGAAAUUCCAACAGAUUUUGGGGAAAUUUGUACUUUGGAAUCAAUCGAGUUACAUGAUUGCCGCCCUCGUACUGAGGAUUCUGCACGAGAGAUUGAACAAGAACAAGAGGAGAUGGGAAAUAAUAUCCUUAAGGUCUACAUACAUAGCAGUCGCAGUAAGUUCUAAACAGUUCUUCGAUUCUCUCAUCUUUGUUGAAUCUUACCUCC